AUGACGAAUAAAAAAGAAUUGUUUUACGAUAAAUUACGUGAGUUUGUGGAAACAAGCACUGAUCGCAGUUUUAUUAUGACUACAGAAAAAGUAAAGAGAGCAAAUGUAACUUGUAAGCUCUGUUUCAGAAAGAAUAGCAUAAACGUUGAAAGAGAAUGUGCUAAAUUAGGUCUACAGGAACAGGCAAACAAAAGGGUUUCAUUGUCUAAUUUGAAAUUUCCCUGUGUUGAAAUUGGUACUAACGUUUUAGUUGGAGUUCCUGAAGUUGAUAGAGGACGUGCAGCACCCAGGAAUGUUAUGUGUGUUGUUAUGAGCAUUAAUCCAUUAGGUCUAUACCAGUUAGGAAACAAGGAAGGUAAACUCGAUAGACUUUAUGCACGUAAUGAAUUUACACUUUCUGAAACCAACUUUAUUAACAUUUGUGAUGUGCCCUCAACUUCAUCGUUAACACUUCGCUCGGCAUCUAUGUUAUCGUUUGGAAGUAAGCAAGGGUUUAUAAUGUGCCACUGCAAAAGAUACUGUAUUGAUAAAAAGUGCACGUGUCGCUCCAAGAAUAUAAAAUGCAACUCAAAAUGCCACAGUAAUAGUUCACGUAAAAAUAAAUAG